AUGUAUAGCACACGCACUGGAGAUGUGUAUGCAUGUAUAUGUACCUGUACUUGCCGCGUCCAACAACGAGGAGGACGAAGACCCAACCGUCAGCGCGCGUUCGCCCUCUCCACCCUGUCCAACCAGUGCCAACCACCAAGCUCCCUCCCAUCUGCCAUCCAAUCACCGCCAGCAUGCACCGUCGAUGGCGUAACGGGAUGGUUCCACCAAUGCGCUGCACAACCCCACAAACCCCCGCACCCCAAGUCUUCCCCAAGCAUCGCUGAGCGACACCGUGACCAUCAUCCCGCGUUCUUGUUGGCUCGACGAAGGAUGGCUCUGGGGGGGAUCCCUUCCACGAUCCUCUCGAAACGGCGCGAUGAUGACCCCGUGCCUAUCCAGAAAAGUUUCGGGCCGGGGUUGGAUGCUCUAACUUACCCCGGCCAAGAAUUGUCUAAUUUUUAG